CAUCUUUUAGUGUGAGCAGGAAAUAUUCAGUCGGACAGCUGGACGCACCGCAGUAAACAUUGCGAUCCUGAACGCCACGAGACAACGGCGGACCCGCUAAUCUGAGGUGACGAUGAAUCGCUGGCGGAAGUCGGUGGGGGAGAUCCAGGCACGGCGGCGGGCCGUGGCAGAAUGCACCCGUGCGCAGGUGGCUUUCUCCAGGGUGACCGCUUGCUUCCAGCAGCUGGCCACAUGUGUGGGGAGCAGCUCCGACUGCAGCCGGCUGCGCGAGGAGCUGGAGGACACCAGGGCUUUGGCUCACAACCUCUGCAUGGGGCUGCAGAAGAGGCUUACAGCCCUCCUGACCGAAGGUGACCUGGUGCAGGAGGACCGCGAGCGAGUCGAGAGGUUGUGGGUACUCUUCCUGUCCGGGCUGGAGAUCUUCCAGCAGGAUCUGCAUAAGGUUGUCCUCCUUCAAGACUUCUUCCCACUAAAGCAGCCCCGUGACCGACGGAUGCUGGUCAACACUGGGGGCACAAGCGAGGGGUCCAGCUCGGGGCAGGUGGUGGCGCGCGUGGCCGGGGUUCCAAUCCCCUGGCCAAAGGAGGAGGCCGGUCCCUGCCCCGACCUGGGGACGCACAUCAUCCAGCUAGAGACCAUGGCGCAGGAGAUGCUGCGAAAGGUCAACGUGCCCUUCUGGUCUGUGGAAGCCACCCAGGAGGCGUGGGCCGAGGGCUGCGACAAUGAGCAGGACGAUGAAGAGGUCGUGGAGGAGAUGUCCGUGGAGACAGUCACUACGGAGGGCGGAAGGCUGGCUGGCUGCUGUCACUACCCUGGAUGUCGCAUCUUGUGUAUGUUACACUGAGCACUAUACAGUUUCCUCCUUUGCCCAGGAAACUAUAUAUGGCAUUCUCAUUGACACAUUAAUCUUAGAAAUUUAACCUUUAAACAUAGAGGGACCAGCAGGUAUGUUAAUCAUUGCACCAAAAGGACCUGGGUUCAGUUUCCUGCUCCUGGCUAACCUAACUAUAUUUACUAAAAAACCCCAUAUGUACAAAUGGGAAAAUAACUUCAAGUAUCUUAAUACUUCAAUUACUCUAGAAGAAAGGCAGCACUAAGUGAAUAAUCUCAUUUAUUGCUUGUGUACAACUCCCAGUUUUGCUUAC